AUGGCAGAUGAUUUGUAUGCGUUACUAGUCUUGUCCUGCCUGAUCGUGUCUACCAUGGCAGUAACCGACAAGGAGAUUGACGAAUUUCUUGAUAUCUGCAUCGAUUCUAAAUACCACAAAGAAAAACCAGGACCGGAAAGUGAUUUUUUCAAUAAGACGUUUCAUUGCACCCCGUGGAAGAACCACGCUUGUUGCACGUCGAAUACAACCGACAGCAUUCGAAAAGACGGAACUCUCUCGCUGUAUAACAGGCACUGGGAUCAGUGCGGUAGAAAAAUGUCACCUCAGUGCCGUAGAUAUUUCGAGGUCGACACUUGUAUGUACGAAUGCUCGCCAAACAUGAAACCAUGGAUCGUUGUGGACCCUAAUUCUAAGAAGACCCGCAAAGAACGCUUUCAAGACGUGCCCAUAUGCAGCGAGGACUGCGAUGCAUGGUUUGAUGCCUGCAAAGACGACUUCACCUGCUCAGACAACUGGGGAGACUUCAAAACAUGGAACUGGACAAGCGGCAUGUGUAAGUUGGAGUGCAAAACUUUUAAGGAAUAUUUUGAUAAUGCCAAGAAAUUCUGCGAGAAACUUUUUAACUACUCAUGGAAGUACUCUAAAGGGAAAUUAGGCAUAGAUUGCAUGACACUGUGGCCGAAUGGUACAACAAAUUUCAACGAGAGGGUCGCUCGUAAACACGCUGAAGACAUGCUUUCCACGAAAUCAUCGGGAUCAAAGGUUGCUGUUCAAUUUUUGACAGUGAUUUUACUGGCUGGGCUAUGUUAUUAUCUUUAA